AUGCCUUUCGGAUCAGAGGACGUUCAAAGACUAUUUGUCAGCACCAACGGUUUCGUGGUCUUCGAUCAUCGAUACUACGGCAUCUCACCAUCAACGUCUUCAUUCCCCGCACCGUACGGCAAACCGCUCAUCGCCCCCUACUGGACAGAUCUUGACGCACGCUAUACCAACGUCAAAUUUGACGUCUACCACGACCGAACGUCGAAGACCAACCAAGAUUACAUCAUGGCCGCUCUAGGGAACUACGUCAAGAAUUUUAAUUCAUCUUACAGUAGCUUUAGCCCCAACUUGGCUGUUGUCGUCACGUGGCCUGAAGUCCCCCCGUAUCCAGCAUUCACAUAUAGUGGAAUUGAGAGCGCCACUAUCCAGCUCUCGUUGGUGAGCGAUGGCACUGAUUCCUUCGCCAUCUUCAAUUACUACAACAUGACUUUGACCCCUACCACGUUCUGGCGUCAAGUCGGGAUUGGCUACACCAGCUCAUCGCAAUAUGGCGCGUCUUUCUACGAGAAGAACGCCCUGUCUUUUACUACUGACUCGUACAGCAUUGAUACCAUAGCUGGAAAUACCGGCGUGGCCGGAAAAUGGAUCUACAAAAUCAACUCCGCCUCCAGCGGAUCUUUCACGCCAGCUCAAAUGUGCUUCAGUUGGCAGAGCCAACAGACAGCCUUGAUCGCCCGGAACACUUGCCCGAAUACACUUUCGCAGGCAAUGGUCGACAUCCGUUACAUGUAUUACUAUAAUGCUGCGUACAAUAUGGACGCAAGCGUACCAUGCUUCAUCCAGAGGUUUAUGCGAUAUGACUGGGCUAGCGGUCAAUGGAUCCGUGAGAUGUGCUGUUACGACAUGAUUUACGGAUCACUCGAAACCGUCAGUCCCAACGCUGGAUCAGCAAUGUCCAGCUUUAUCGACGACUUAACAGGGAAGUCAUUCUGCUGUGUCCAAUCAAACUAUUGCCACUUGUACUAUGAGAUGAGGCCCAUCUCCUACAGCACGUCAUACCGGAGAAUGUUCUUCACCUGGAUGUGGGGAGACCCUCAUAUCGGAACCCUCGAUGGAUCCUCCUACACCUUUAACGGUAUCGGUGAAUACCUGAUGUUGCAGACUACAGACACCACCACCAUGAUCAUCCAGGCCCGUAUGGAGGUUGCCGAGAGUGGUGCAAACGCUACGAUAUUCAGCAGUUUCGUUGUCCAGAGUAACCAGUCGGACAUCGUCCAGGUCAACCUAAACCAAGCCAGAGAUGCCAUGCUGAUCUACGUUAACGGAGGCGCCUACAACUACACCAUUGCUGACUUAGCAAACGAGACAGAGCAUUUGGGUGUCAGUCUGUCCAAUACAGUCAACGGAUCCCUGCAAAUUACAUUUGAGACUGGAUUUGGUGUAGAGUUCAAGAUAGGUUACAAAGCUCUGGAGGCGGCGGUCCAGGCUCCUAAUGGUUACGAAGGUUUGAUCGAAGGUCUGUUGGGGAACUAUGAUAGUGACAGUACCAAUGACUACGUGUUCCAGAACGGAACUAUGAUCAGCAGUAACAGUUCUGAGAGAGAACUUUACGCAUUCGGAAAAACAUGGCAACUGACCAGUGAAGCGGAUUCCAAGUUUACAUAUUUCGGCAACGAAUCGUUUGUUGGCUUCUACAACGUAUCCGCAUAUACCCCAGUAUUCGCCGACGAGUAUACGGGCGAUCUGUUGUCCUUAUUCAAUAACGAUACAUCACUGUUAGCCGCAGCAAACUCGACCUGCACUGGGAUAGCUGACUAUAUGCAGUGCAUGUUUGAUGCCGCAAGGAUGGGGACAGUAAAUGCUGCUGAAAAUGCUGUCUCACAUACUGAAGAUGCCGACAACCAAGAAAACACUAUGAGCAACAAUCCACCGAUCUUCUCCACGAUGAACUCAACCUUGACUCUGUACCUGAAUUCCACCAGCAACCUCACUCUAAAUGCAACAGACCCAGAAGGAGGUAACGUGACCUUCCAGCUCUCGGGCAACUCGACGGAUGUCGCAACAAUUGACGAUGUCUCUGAUACUCUUUCCAUCACUCCGGGAGGCAGCCCGUUCUUCAUCACCGUGCUGGCAGCUGAUUCGGCAGGAUCGUCGUCGUCAUGGCAACCAAAUGUUUACGUCUGUGAUUGCCUGAAUGGCGGAGCCUGUGAUUUUUCGUAUGUGGACGAAACGUAUUCGGAAAGUAACUCAGCUAAUUAUUACGGAGCCGACUGCACGUGUAUAAACGGGUAUGACGGGGACAAGUGUGAGAUAAGCCCGUGCGAUGCCGAUCCCUUCCCGUGCUAUGAAGGUGUUGUAUGUAGUCUAGUAAACGGAUCGGUGAAUUGUGGUGCAUGCCCGUCUGGCUUGGAGGGCAAUGGAACCAAAUGCUUUGAUGUUGACGAGUGUAUCGAAACCCCAACCAUCUGCGAGGAUGUCUGCACCAACACCAUGUUCAGUUACUCGUGUUCCUGUACCCAGGCCGGAUUCGAGGUGUCAACAGCCAACAGCAGUCUGUGCGUGGACGUGAACGAAUGCGCCUAUGGCUUAGAUGACUGCAACGCAACCCUCGGGGAGAUCUGCGUCAACACGGCGGGCAACUACAGCUGUGAAUGUGACAGCGGAUAUGAAAGAAACGCUGACAGUUAUUGCAUCGACAUCGACGAAUGUACCGUCGGCAGCCAUGACUGCGAUGCCAACGCCAACUGCACGAAUAACGCCGGGAGCUGGUCUUGCUCAUGUAACAGCGGGUACAACGGAAAUGGUACCUCUUGCUCUGACACGGAUGAAUGUGCGAACUCUGCCCUUAAUGACUGUCAAAUGUUCUGCAACAACACAGUUGGUAGCUUCAACUGCAGCUGUACGAGUGGAUACGAGUUGAACAACGACGGCAUAUCAUGUAUUGUUGCUGCUGGUAGUGAGUGCAGUGGUGGCAAUACCUGUAACCAACUCUGCGCAAUUCAAAAUGGCGUCGACACUUGCAGUUGUUACAGCGGAUAUGAACUGGACUCGAUGGACAAUACCACUUGCAUUGACAUCAACGAAUGCAACCUCGUCGGAAACCCUUGUACACACAUCUGUACCAAUAAAAUCGACGGCUACGCUUGCUCGUGCAAUUCCUCCGGUUAUUCAUUAGCGAACGACGGCUACACAUGCGAGAACAUCGAUGAGUGCACCCUGGGUACAUCUAACUGUGCCGCCAACACGAGCACAUGUACCGAUAAUGAUGGCAGCUAUUCUUGUGCCUGUAACAGCGGUUACAGUGGUGACGGAACAUCAUGCACAGAUAUUGACGAGUGUGCAAUCGGCUAUUGUCUUGCGAACGCAAACUGCUUCAACUACCCAGGAAGUUAUAAGUGCCAGUGCAAACUCGGCUAUUAUGGCGACCCCUACACUGCCUGCAGUCUUGCUACAUAUGCCUUUACCGGCACGUUCAGUUUGACCGCGACAUUCGACAGCGCUCUCAGCGACACUACCACAACCGCCUAUCACACACUGGCCCAAACCAUUGAGGACACGCUUUAUAGUCAUUUUCUGACUUACUUCGCAGCAACAUUUAAGAACGCAACAAUGAUAGGAUUUAGCGCUGGAAGUACUGUCGCCAGUUUUUCACUCACCUUUGGCGCUGGCACUAGCUCCUCCAGCCCGACAUCAAGCAGUGUAAGCACCACUCUCGGCACACUCGCCUCCAGCUCCGGUGGCAGCUGCUUCGUAUCAGGAAUAGGAUCGUCCGUGUGUUCAAGCGCCUCUUCAUCUGAUUUCGACGAAUGUAGCAACAAUGCUUACAACUGUACGGCUUCCAACACUGAGUGCUCCAAUACCGUUGGAUCUUAUGACUGCGUGUGCGUCUCCGGCUAUACAUCAACGGGAACAGACGCGGAUGGAAAUCCCAUCUGUGUCGAUGUCAACGAGUGUUUGUCGACCUGUACUCUUGCCAACAGUGAAUGUGCCAACUCCAUCGGAAGCUACACUUGUUCAUGUGCCUCCGGGUACGUCAGCAGUGACCCCGAGAACGUGGCAUGUUAUGAUGCCUGCGAUUCGAGCCCAUGCCAGAAUGGCGGCGCCUGCCAGUCCGAUUCUUCACAAUCAAGCGGUUACACUUGCAUUUGUCCGAGUGGUUAUUCCGGCGAUAACUGCGAGACUUACGAAAAUGUCACAACAAGCACCAUAGUGGCCAUUGUGGUGGGUAGCGUCCUUGGUAUCCUUGCCUUCAUCCUGAUUACGAUCCUGGUCAUCCUCCGAGUCACCGGAAAACUGCCCUGUCUCAGACCAAAGAAGACGAUUGAGCCCAUGGGCUUGGUGAAUGAGGACCCAGUUGUUUCCAUGAGCAGUCAGAACCGAGGUUUCACGAUGGAUUCGUACACGAGGGAGUCAGACACUCCGGUCACACAGAGGGAAGUCUCUCUACACGGUUACCCCAGCGAGAAGGCGAUGUAUGUUGAGAAUAUGAUCCGGCAACACCCUGCACCCAUGGUACCUACCACUGCUGCCGCAACUGUCGCAGAUGGCAGUCAUCCCAUGCCGAAGAUGCAACAGUUCGAUACCACUCUGUCUGGCUCCUCCGGUAUGUCAUCUAGCGACACUGGCUACGGCGAGGAUACCCCGGUUCAGAUAUCAAGAGGUUCAACGCAGGUUGAUGAGCGGCCCAAUACUGGACGGGCGGCCAGUGCAGGCAAGCAGGGAUCCAUUGCCGCAGGGGCGGUGGUACCUACUGGCAAUGUCGGACGUGGCAGUGCCUCAACACAAGGAAGGCCAAGCUCGAGCAACAGACGGACCUCUCAUGCCUCUGGAAAGGUUGAGCAACACAGCCCCGAUGUUGCCUCCACGCCAGUCGGAACUAAAACCGAGUCGGCACUCGGUCAGGGCGGAAGUGGGUCACUGCUACCAACGGAAAACGAACCAAACUUAUUUGAGGUUAGAGGGAAUGUUGAAGUAAGGAUAUCGUCUGCUAACGCCAACGCUGCACAGUCGACCAGGCCAGGAUCGGGGACGUCAAUAGUGAGUGUGACAUCACCAAAUGCCUCCGCGGAAAAUGACAAUGACGACCUACAGGGAUUUCAGGAGGAGCUAGAUGAAAUGCUGGAGGGCAGCGCAACAGGCAGUUAUUAAGCUGUGUGCAUCAUUAUAUGGAAAACAGACACUGGCAAUUUAUUGAACUGAAAAAUGGACUACUGUGUGCAUCAAUAUAUGGAAAACGGACACGGGAACUUCGAUUAGCUGAAAAAUGGACUACUCUGUGCAUCAAUAUAUGGAAAACGGACAUUGGCAAUUUGGUGAACUGAAAAAAGGACAAAAGAUAAAAGGGCAUUAAGGGAAUUUUUUUUGGAAGGAAUUAUAUCUUUUUGAAUAAUAUUAUCAAUGUCUCUGUAUUCACGUUGUUUUAACUGUUCGAAGUUCACAAUGCGAAUUUCACAUUUGAAGCCGGAUGAUCAAUUCAAUGUUUUGCUAGGAAGCACUGGAUUAGGAGAGCGGAUGUAUCUCUUCUUAUCCAAUACUGAGCAAAAAAACGAUGCAAUGUCAGGAGGCUUAAGCUUAUUCUGUUCUUACGUGCAUAACAACUUACUAUUUUACUUUUAUGAGGUCAUUCGCGGCAAAUAUUUAGAUAUUGCUGCAACACGUACAAUUUUCUAAGUUUUAGGAAUAACUGAUCCUAAGGCAAGCGCGGUGCCAAAGUGGAAGAGUGUCCAACUUUUAACCAAUAGGUCAUGCUUCGGGGCUUAUCCAGUGACACUCGGUAAUUCCAACUGGCCAGAAACGGCCCUGUGUUGCACCGUGUGGUCGCUACUUUGUGUAUACCGAAAGGUUUCUCGACUAGUGUUUAGGAGUCAUUGUUCACAUAUAACUCAACAGACCUUACAUGAGUGUAAAUAGAGUAUUUGCAAACCCUUUGGAUACAGGGACAUUGGUAACAGAGAUAUAGUUCAGUCUGGUGUGCUCUAGCAACUUUUUUGAUAUUCUUAAAACCGCUAAAUCUUUGUGGGUGUUUAUUUUCGUGGCUUUCGCUGUUAACCUCGAUUGGUUGAAAAAAAAUUGAUCGGAAAACUAAAAGGACUUUCAAAGUCCACCAGAAUAAAAAUCAUAGAAGUUUUAUUCUGUUUGAGAUAUUUGCGAAGAUUUGACGGUUUGUGUAGUAGUAACAUGCCAUAAACCUAUAAAUAUUUUGAAACAUUCUUAAUAUGUUGAGGUUUUUGACAAGCUUUCUGUGAUAGCAAGUACAUAUACAUGUAUAUAAUGUUGAGUGAAUCAAAAAGAUAAUUUUAAUAGAUGGACAUUAUUUAUAUUUUUAUUAGGACAAAAAGUGAAAAGAGGUUAAAAAUCUCUGAGAUGUAAAGGGAUGCUUAAUAUUCGUAGGCGUUUUUAUUUUUGUGAAUUUUGCGAAUAACCUGGAUUCGCGAAAAUAAACACCGCGAAAAGUAUUUGCGGAAAUAUCAAAAGAAA